UGUAGUUUGUUCUACAUCUAAAUUAAAUUUAUCAAAUCAUUCUAAUAAAUAAUUUUAAAUACAUUUUUAGUUAAAUGUAAGUGUGUUAACUGUUAAGUACUUAUUUUGAUGUUAUUUUAGAUAGUUUCAUACUUAUAAGUUGUAAUGCAGUAUAAUACAACGUUUUCAAAUAUGCAUCAAGAGAAUUUUUCUACUCGAAACCAAGUAAAUGAAAACAAUUUUUCUCUUUUUGACAGAAACUUGAAAAGAAUUAAUAAAAAUCUUAUAGAAGUUAAUGAGUAUUACUCCUCUAAAAAUGAUUAUUCAGAUUCAGUUAUAAAUCAUUCUCUUGUCACAAGUAGCAAACAAUUUAAUGAACCACUGGAUGUAAAUAUUGAUGAAUCUUUACAUUUUUAUGACGAAUUUAAGAAGAUUAAAACAAAUGAAUUUGAAAUAAGUAGAAAAAUAGAUUUACGGAAUAUAUUAAACAAAAAAUUUGAUACUUUGGAACAGACAAAAAGAGAAUCUUCUAAAAUACCAAAAAAUGUUGAUGAAGAUUCUAAGUGUACCAUUCGUAAGAGACUCACUAUUGACAGAAGUUAUAAUAUUAAACAGCUUAAUUGCAAUAAUGAUMAAUUUCAAACUAGAUUACAUGAAGAACAAAAUACAUUAGAUAAAAAAAAUAUAAGUAUGAAGUUUUACUCCUCUCUCAAUAGUGCAUUCAGUUUAUUAUCAGGCAUAAAAAAAUUAUUAAAUGAAACUCAUAUUAUGACGCCACAAUUACUUAGUAGUUAUGGACACAACUGUAUGCUUCUUGAAACAGCUUUAAAUGAAUUAAAAAAUAAGUCUUCAAAUAUUAAUGAACAAGAUAUCUCGAUUAUCAACCAACAUCAACAAACUAUUCAAAUAUUUUAUGAUCAGUUACUGAAGAUACAAGUUGAACAUGUUUCAUUCAAAAUUGAUGGCCAUAAAAAUGAAGAGAAUGAUAUACCAACUGAAAAUAUACUUAAAAACAAUGAGAAUAAUAAUUACCACGAUCAGAUAUUAAAAAAUAAAUCUGAAGAAAUUAAAAAUGAAAUAAACAAUUUUUCUUUUGUUAAAAAUGAAAAUCCUGUAGUUAAAUCAGACGAAUUUUUCACAUUUAAGUUUAACACAGAUAAAAAAGUUGACUGUAAUAUUUCAGAUUUUUCUUUUAAAACUAAUAAACAUUYAAAACAUGAAGCUAUUCAGAAAGAUUUAUCUUAUAAUUUUGAAGAUGAAUAUAAACAAUUUUUAGAAAAUCAUCUAAUUAUUCAGAAAUAUUUACAAGAAAUUGAAAAUAGUUAUUUUUCUUUUCUCUGUAAUGAUAACCUAAAAUCUUUAAGACAAGAAUUAGUCAAAGCUAUUAAUACACCAGUUAAUAGUAUAUCUUCAGUAUCUUCAUGGCAUAUGAGAGACAAAUUUGAGAAACUUGAUGCAUUACUAAAGUGUAAAACAGUGAAAACUGGUAAUUCUACUGUAACAGCAAGUAGUCAUCAAGAUGCAUUAAUAUUUUGUAAAGAUACAUUGGCUAAAAAAAUAAUAAAUAUCGGUGAGCAAGUGGCUAGUGUUAAGACAGAAACUGCUUUUGAAGUUGCAUCARUUGUUACAGAACUUUGGAAAAUUCAUCCAGACUUUGGUAUUUUGCUGUACGCUAGAUUWAAACAAAAAUGUCCAUGUCUUAUCCCAUACAAUGCUGAAAAAACAAAUGAAGAAACUGAUGAGGAAUAUUAUAAAUCAUUAUGUUAUAACUAUACAAAUGGAGUUGUAGAAAAACAGGAUAAGUAUGUAAAAAGAAUGACUGGUAUUAUAAGAUUAUUUGCAGCAAUCAUAGUAACUGAAUCUAAGAGCGGUAAAGCAUUAAGUAUUGGACAAGCCUGGAUGCUGAUUGCAGCAACUGUAAAUUUAAUUCCUCAAUUAGAUGUAACAGCCAUUUUUUUACAUGAAAUACUGAUGAUAACUGGUUAUAGUCUUAAACAAACUUAUGGAAGACAAUUUAUCAAAAUGUUGGAAUACAUAAAUACCAAUUAUAUGAAAAAGAUUGAAGAAGUAACACCAAUUGGUUGUGGAGGUCCAGUACAAAGGCUAAAAUCAUUUAUCAGUAAAGUUAUUCAAGUYGGUUAUAUUGAAAAACCUAAAGGUAUAAUACCUCAUAGUUUUUGGUAAAUAAAAAUUGACCAUGUAUGGUUUUUAUUUUGUAUAACCAUAUUUUAAA